AUGGACAUAUCGGUUAUGUGUGUGUGUGUGUGCGUGUGCGUGUGCAAAAUCAGAGACUUUGAAGAAAAAAAAACAGAAACAGAAAACUCAUCAAACGGCCCGCAAACAAACAACAACAAAAGUUCCUAUUUUUUUACACAAUACGUGCUCGUGUUCAUUAGAAAAGUGGCCAAAAUUCGGCGAAAACAGCGCAAGUGUGAUAAAACCAACGUGCCACAGCCGUCUGCAAAACGAACGAAAACAAAAGAGAACAGUGUUGAUAGUACAACAAGCAUUUUAAGCAGUGGCAGUGCAGCCAGCAGCACCAGCAGCGGCGCCGGCAGCAGCAGCAACACUAACAUCAACCACAACAACAACAACAGGGGCGGCGGCGUCGACGUCGGCUUCGGUAGCGGUGGUAACAACAACAACAAGCGUGCAUACACGUCGUUGGGCCGGGGAGCGGCCGACGUUGUACCCCGCGUACCAGCAGCGGCAGCGACCACCACAACAACAACACGAAGAGCAGCAGCCGCAGCAGCAGCGGCGGCAGCAGCAGCAAAAGAAGAAGAAGCGACAGCUGCCGGCCGGUGUGCGGUCGACGUCGACGUCAACGAAACUGUUGCUAGUAGUGGUGGGAGGGGCGGUGGGGCUAACGAAAACAGCAGCACACAGGUAACAAAGGGCUCGCUGCUGAAUGCAACAACGCAUUUAUCGCUCGCCGUUUGUUUGCGCACUGUGCAAAAGCUUGCGCUUAAGCUUGACGCUGACGGCAACGGCGAAGUCGACGCGAGCAGCGCUGCUGGCUGCGCUGUGAAGGUGAACGUGAUGUCGGAAACAGGGUGCCGGCAUUAUCAGAGCUACGUCAAAGACAACAGCUACGACACAUUUCGCGUCAUCGAUGCCUACUUCGCUGCCUGCGUCAACAAGGAUGCGCGUGAGAAAAAGGCCAUUCACUGCAACUGCUUCGAAUGCGGCAGCUAUGGCAUACAAAUGUACGCCUGCCUGCAGUGCAUCUAUUUUGGCUGCCGCGGCGCACACAUCACCAGCCAUCUGCGCGCCAAGAAACACAAUGUAGCGCUGGAGCUGUCCCAUGGCACCCUGUAUUGUUAUGCCUGUCGCGAUUACAUUUACGAUGCGCGCAGUCGCGAUUAUGCGCUGAUUAAUCGCAAACUGGAGGCCAAGGAUCUGCAGAAGAGUCUGGGGUGGCAACCCUGGAUACCGACUGCCAAGGAGACAAAUCUCUUGCUAGCGAAUGCGCGACGUCGUCUGGUGCGACCGAAUCAAACGAUCGGGUUGCGUGGUCUGCUCAACUUGGGCUCCACUUGCUUCAUGAACUGCAUAGUGCAGGCACUCGUGCAUACGCCACUGCUAAGCGAUUAUUUUAUGUCGGAUCGCCAUGACUGCGGCAGCAAAUCCUCACACAAGUGUCUGGUGUGCGAAGUGUCGCGUCUCUUCCAGGAGUUCUAUGCUGGCUCACGAUCGCCGCUGUCGCUGCACCGAUUGUUGCAUUUAAUAUGGAAUCAUGCCAAACAUUUGGCUGGCUACGAGCAGCAAGAUGCCCAUGAGUUCUUCAUUGCCACACUGGAUCUGCUGCAUCGACACUGUGUGAAGGCCAAGUCGGAGCACGAGAGCAAAUGCAACAGUGGCUCAAGUGCAUCGGCGACUGGUGGCGGUGGCAACUCGACGAGUUCGGGUUCCGGAAGCAAUGCGAAUGCAACGGCAACGCAUUGUUACGGCCAAUGCAAUUGCAUUAUCGAUCAAAUCUUUACGGGCAUGCUGCAGAGCGAUGUGGUGUGCCAGGCCUGCAAUGGCGUUUCAACGACAUUCGAUCCCUUCUGGGACAUUUCACUGGAUCUCGGCGAGACAACGUCGCAUGGCGGUGUGACACCGAAAACCCUCAUCGAUUGCCUCGAACGUUAUACGCGUGCCGAGCAUUUGGGUUCGGCGGAGAAGAUCAAAUGCUCCACCUGCAAAUCGUAUCAGGAGUCCACCAAACAGUUCAGUCUUCGCACCCUGCCCAGCGUUGUCUCCUUCCAUCUGAAGCGUUUCGAGCAUUCGGCCCUGAUUGAUCGCAAGAUCUCGUCGUUCAUUCAAUUCCCCGUCGAACUGGAUAUGACGCCAUUCAUGUCCGAGAAGAAGAAUGCCUACGGCGACUUUCGUUUCUCGCUGUAUGCGGUGGUCAAUCAUUUGGGCACCAUUGAUACGGGACACUAUACGGCGUAUGUGCGACAUCAGAAGGAUACGUGGGUGAAGUGUGAUGAUCAUAUAAUCACAAUGGCAUCGCUCAAACAGGUGCUCGACAGCGAGGGUUAUUUAUUAUUCUAUCAUAAGAACGUGCUGGAAUAUGAGUGAAUUGGGCAGCUAAGACGCAAGCGGAGAUGAAAUGGCAUUCACAGAGACUGUAAUUCCCCCACUCUCUCUCUCUCACACACACACACAAACACAUACACUCGCGCAUGUAGCAUACACACACACACGCAUAGAAACAUAGAAAUACAAUUACAAAUACAAAUAUGAUUACAAUUACAAUUACAAAUACAUUUACAAAUACAAAAUACGAAU